AUGGUGUCCAAUCUGCGUGGCCAGGCGGCUGCGUGGUUCACGACGCAGCAGAAGACGAUCAGCAAUAUAACGGAGCUGGCCACGGCGCUGAGGAAGGAAUCCAUCCCCGCUGGCCUGCAGGAAAGACUAAGAGACAAGCUGUACGCGCUGAAGCAGCGUGAGUGCACGGAUCUGGCCGAUUACAUUACCAAGUACCGCCAAUUGAUAAGCCACGUCACGCAAAUGAGCGAGCUCGACCAGAUUACGCUGUUCGUGCGAUGCUUGGUGGCUCGAACAAGAGAAGAGGUCCAGUACCGACGUUGCAGCACCGUGUCGGAAGCUGUUUCGGUGGCGAUGGAGUAUGAGCGUACUCACGCUUCGUUUGCGUCGUCACAUGCGAGACCGCGACACCAGGAGCGACAGCCCAUGGAGAUCGGCAACACACGCUUCCUGGAUCGCUCUGAGUGCAUGCGUCGUAAUCUCUACUUCCGGUGCAAGAGACCGGGCCAUCGCAUGCGAGGCUGUCGCAGUGGGGGAUCUUGUUCACUGCGCGCACCGGCUGCUCGAGGCCAGUUUGGCAGACAGCAGGGCUCCAGGAAUGAGCGCUACAGCACUUCGCGCGACAACGCGCCAAGAAUCCAUCAGAGCAACUUCGAGGAGACGCCGCGUGACCCGCAGAUAGCCAACACGGAGGAUGCCACGGAGAUACUGUUCGGCCAUUUGACGGUGAGGGUCGCGGCUGUGGUACCCGCGACCGUUUCGGGAAGCAGUCUGAUGCGCAAAGAAGGUACCGUGUCUCUGCUCAGUACACACGUGACCAUCCUGCUGGAUAGCGGCGCUGACCAACGUGAUUCGCCCUGGACUGGCCGAGGUGGUGGUGCGUCGCAAACGCGGCUAUAUUGA